AUGGAGAUGCAAACUCAACCCUUGCGAGGUACGCAGAAAGAGGUUAAAUAGGUCCCAAGGUGUAGUACAACAACCAUCUUAUCAAUCUUAUAUAAGUAUGGCUCUAAUGGAGUAGCUGUCAUCAAGACAGUUUCCUUGAAAUGACCUAUCACAGUUUCAAGCGUCAUUUUCUUUCUCCUGAUGUAAAUAUGUCACAGGGCCUUACUUCUUUACUUCUUUACUUGAUUCCUUUGUAUUAAGGGAAAAUGGAAAAUUUCAUGAAAGUAAAAUGACAUUGUGGAAGUGGCUAAGGGACGAAACAUCAAAUGGUCAUACUUAUUAUGCCUUUGGCAAAGAAGCUACUCUUGAUUCGAUCAUAAUAUACAGACUUCUUGAAUCUAUGCCUGAAGUUCUUCAACUAAAAUUUUCACUCAAAACACAUUAUUCGCAAUCAUGUAGUAAUGACCAUAGCCAUGACUCAUUCCGUACCUUCAGACAUAAUGUGCUCCCAGUCAGUACUUAUGAUGUAUUAGACGAACAUCUCUUUGGAGACUCCACAGAAUUUGAUAUUUUGUUGGGUACAUAAGUAAUUCUACAAUAGGGUACACACCCAACUUGGACAAGGAAAACAACUCACUUCUUAUUAAUAGCUGUAUGUAUAAAUUGUCUGGCAUUGUGUAUCUUAAAUCGCAUCACUACUGGUGUGAAGUAUAUUCUACCCAAAAAGGUUACAAAAAGGGUAGGUAUGUUUAAAAUGGUCUAUGGAACAGCGGUAAAGGAAGUUUUGUUGGACCAAAACCAUUAUUUCUUGAAAAAGACAGUUUGUAUCUUUUAAUGUUUGAAAGAGUUGCAACACAAAGCACAUUUACCAGUAGAGUCGCGUUUAACCGACCCAACUGUUCAAAUGAUAAUCUAGUGGUAAAACAAAUAAUUGAAGUGCACAAAAACUUGCUGAUGCUAAGAGACAACAAGACUAGCCGUACAAACCUCAUGGCUAUUCUUCAACACUACAAUAUCCCUGCACAAAAAUCAAACAAGAAAAUAGGAGACCUAAAUGAACUGUUACUGAAACACUGCCACUCAUUUUUAAGUGUGCCUAUAACGUUUGUACCUGAUUGUAGCAUUGAGAACUACUCUGAGGCUCCUGAACAAAAGAAAUCUACUCUACCGGAUAAACAACUAAAUGAGUUUGUUCCUGUAGCUUUUGUAAAUGACUCUAUGGUUAACCUCGUCAAAACACAAGAAAAUGAAGCAGAAACUCCAGGAACUAAACCGCUUGACUUAAAACCGAUGAAACGUGGUUAUAUGCAUGAAAGACAUGUACCCAGACGAAAACGUAAAGUGAGUAAACCGCAUAAUGCAACCAAAAAACUGAAAACUACAGUGAGACGUGAAAGUAAAGAAGAUAGAACCAUGCAUGAGCAAUCAACUGAAGUUCAAUUGUGUACAGAAAUGCCUUCUAGUGAUAGUGAAGAAGACUUUGAAAGUGAUUUUAAUCUGUCGGACAGUUAA